GUGUCCAGCCGCUAAACAGAACAAAGGAUGAAGAACUUAGCGUUGAUCGUCGCCAUAUGCGUUUUCGGCAUGCUUGCCGGGGCUAACGCUUUUGGCCAAAAAUGGCAGCAAAAUUGCCGCUGUGCAAAAUGGUGCAACAAAUACGAAAUCACGGUCGGCCCGUGUGGAAAAACUGGCGGCGUUCGAUGCUGUAGCCGCGGAUUUGGCGGUCUUGGAGGAGGCUACGGCGGCAGCGGAUGGGGUGUUGGUCUGGGCGGAGGUCUCGGCGGUGGUUCCGGCCUUGGUGGUGGUUUUGGCGGCGGAUGGGGCUGGGGUAAAGGAGGCUGGGGAAACGGCAGAUGGGGCAAUGGCGGUUGGGGAAAUGGUGGUUGGGGCAAUGGUGGUUGGGGCCAUGGCGUUUGGGGCAAUAACGGAUGGGGCAAUGGUGGAUGGGGAAAUGGCGGAUGGGGUGGUUGGAGCAAUCGUCGAUGGGGUCAUGGAAAGAAGUUUGGAGGUUACGGAAGCGGUGUAGGCGGUGGAUUAGGCCUUGGCGAAGGUUGGGGUCUCAGCGGUGGAUACGGUGGAAGCGGUGAUUUUGAUGGAUAUGGCUCAGACGGUCUGGAUGAUGGAUACCUAGGCGGUGCAUACGGUGGAAGCGGUGCAUACGGUCUAGCCGGUGGAGUCGGCGGUUUGGGCGGUGGUUCCGGUUGGGGACAUGGAGGAUGGGGCGGCAAGAAGGUUGGACCCUGGGGAGGCAGUUUGGGCGGCUAUGGAGGCAGUUGGGGUGUUGGCGGCGGCUACGGCGCGGGAGUCGGUUUAGGAGUUGGUGGCGGUUUUGGAGGACUUGGCGCCGGUUACGGGUUCGGCGGUGCAUACGGUGGUGGCCGCGGCGGAUACGGCUACGGCAAGAAGUAUUAAACGGAUAUCUCCUAUUUGACCUCGGAAUUUCCUGGACACCAAAUUAUGAUGCUCGAUAAAUUGUAUUUGUUUCACACGUGUUAGCGAUCUUCGAAGAAUAUAAUCACAUUUUGCAAUUUA